AUGGCAGAGCCUGCCAUCUUUAGGCUUCCAGAUCCUGGGGACGGUGAGCUUGAGGACAGAGAGUCCGAGUCAGAGGCCGAGGAAGCUCCCAGGUCUGCAGGUGCCCUGCGGACUGUUCGAUAUAGGGACAGACUUCGAAAUGCUUCCCGUGCAGAGGUUUUGUUUCUGUAUGCGAAAACCUGUGGCGACGAAUCAGAAUCUCUGGGCACCGCUGCUGCAGGGAAUUAUUUGUUUUGUGUUGCUGAGCUUGGGGGAAAAUGCAUCAAGCCGUUGGGUGCCCAAGAGCACUUGCAGCAGCAAGAUACUUGGCGAGCUCGGCGUCAGAAACGUCGCGAUCGAGAUUUCGCCGCUAAGCAGAUGUCCCUCCAGAACCAGACAACCCGAAACCAGAUGUUCAAGUGCUGUUUGAAGUCUCUUUUUCGUUUCAGGGCAGCUGUCCAGUUGGGGCCUGCCCAGGCUGCAGUGGCAGGUGCCUGGUGCCGGGCACCUGCAGCUGCUAACCAGGGUGCGGUGACUCCUGUUCCUGCGAUGCCCGCCUUGGCUGGCAGGUUGGCGGUUUUGCCUGCAGGGCAAGCGCAAUGGGUUUUUCAAGCUGCUGCGCCAAGCGUCAUCUUCGAAGCCGUUGCAGAUCGCCAGGGCCUUUACACUUGCUUUGCAGACGGACAGGCGGCGGAGCCUGAAGUAGGCACUGCGAGGCGUUACCUAGGGCGUCCUUUCUGGAUGGUUCGCUUGCCACCAACUGUCAUGAAGCAUUUGAUGGAGAUAGGCAAGGAGUUCGUGGUUCCUGGUGGGCUUGUGACUUCUUUGGGGCACCAGUUGCCCGGAACCGUUCCUGCUGCGGCAGAAGGAAGCCCCAGUGAUGGUGCCGACAGUGGUUCCUCUUCCUCCUGCGAGAUGAAGAAAGUGCGCAGGCCGGCCAUGCAAGAAAUCCUGUUGGGAAAGCUCGCUUACAAGCUCAGCUCAACGGUAGGCAUUCAAGAUGUGGUUCGCACCGUCCUUCGAAUGUUAGUGCCAGAUAGUUUAGGUCUGGCAGACAACAUGAAAGUGUCGCAUGGGCAUGUGCGGAAUAUCUUGCUAAAGCUUGAUGCCUUGCAUUCCUUGUCUCGCCGGUUCCUUGCCCCACCAGGUGGUGGGGCAGACAAGUCGCUGCGAAUUGUCAGGUACAUCAGUCCUGACAGUUCCCCGCAAGCGAAUUAUGAUUAUUUUUGUGCGACAGAAGAGUUGCUGCUCUAUCGUUCCGACGAGCUUCCAAGGGAUGCGGGUGGAAAUGUAGCUCCUUUCAAAGGGUUUGAACACCAGAGGCGUUCGAUGUUGUGUACAACAAUUGCGAGAGGACAAGGAAGCACAGCUUCGAAGGCAAGCAAGAUGGUACAUAUGAUUGCCGUUGAGAGUGGUGCGUCUCUCUUUGAGACGUAUCGUUCGGAAGUUCGGGGCUUCUUAAGCGAUCAAGGAACGGAGCGAGGCAUAGCAUCGUUUCCAGUCCGCAGUUGCUCUGAGGUCCAGAGUAUUGUGGGCGCUCAAGCUUUGGCGAGCGAGGCAAUACAGGAGGAUUUUCGUGAAUUGCCGCUCUUUCAUUCCGCUCUACACAUACCGGGAACACUACACAUAGUGUUUAACGCACUGGAAUUCAGCUUGAAGCAGCUUGAAACCUGGCAAAAAUUCGAGAAACAGUUGAACAGCAUCACCCGUGUGUGCAAAGAAAAGAGUUACUCAGAAGUAAUUCUUGUGAGAAUGAUGAAGCAUGCGAGCCCCGAGGAGAGACGGUUGUUGCAUCGGAUGGAUGACCUCUUAGACUGGAGGUGGGAUUCGCUCGCAAGAGUGCUGAAGGUUUGGGUUCCUCUAUAUCCCACCUUCAAGAAAUAUUGGAACCCAGCUGUUUUUGGUGGGGACAGCUCGUCAGUCACAAUUCGAGCUGUGACGGAAGCGUUGGCAGACGAGUGCCAUUUCGACAUGGCAGUGUGGACGCAUCAGUUCUCUGCCGAGGCCACCAGGCUGGCCCACUUUUUCGAGGGUUGUCACUGCCAUCAGGAGCAGCUGACAGACCCAGAAAACCGGGAAAAGAUAAACUGUUGUUGGAAAGGCAGGCGCUUGCCUUGGCUUGCGGUUGGUAAUCUCCAGGGAGCUUUGCAAGAUGCCAUGACAAACAACGAGAUUAGUGUUCUUGCGCAUCUCUUGUCUCGUUCUAGUGAAACUGCAAGUCGGAUGGCGCACAUGGCGGACACGUGCAACAAAGUAUUUGUUGCCGUUAUCCAGCAAAAGCUUGCGUAUGCUCAGCAAGUACCAUGGGUGUUUGCCGCAGCGUUUGCGGGGUAUAUGGGCGAGACUUGGGGCCGAGUGAAAAAGGUUCUUCGGCCACAUCUUCAGAACGUUGACAACAUGAUCUCCAGUGGCCAAGUCGGCGCUCUAGACUCUGUUACACAUGCUUUGUUUGGACCAACCGACACAGGCCGCAUGCUCCGAGAGUUUCUGAACUCGGAGGAUGACGUGCCCCUUGAUCGAUGGCCAGCGUUGUUUUGGAGAGUACAGGAAUAUGCCUUUGUUUCUUUGUCCGAGCGACACACGGAGAGAGAGCAUGUCGGUGUCAAGGUUGCAGCAAACCGUGGUCUCACAAAGGCUGGGCCUGCAGUUGUCUGCAGCCGCAAGCGCAGAGAUCAAGUGUUAGAGAUGCUGGAAGAUGAGAAACAGCUCGCUUUCUUGGUCAACAAUUGGCGCAGCAGGCGCCUUUGGAGUAGCCUGCUGGAGCACAUGCUCACUCACGAAGAGGUUCGACUUAUGGACACGCCAAAGAGGCUUUCCCGCUUGUACGGGUAUAGCGAGGAAGACCACUUCAAAGAUUGCGAGGACUCUGUUCGUGCUGAUGCCGUUUACCGCCAAACUUUGAGAGAUCAGACUUUGUUACUGGCCGGAAGCUUCAAGCUUCCGAGUGCUUCCCACCAGGUAGUGAACUGGCUGAAAGGCCAUUUGGCGACGGGCGUGUUUUUCAGUGUGUCCACGCAUGUCUUUGAGCUACUUGUCGACAGGGGUCGGAGAUGUGAAGACCCAGCCGCAUCCUUCAGAACCGACGUGCUGCUGUCUAUUCUGCGAGCCGACGUCCACCCUCGGGUAAGUGAUCGUGCUUCGGUUUUCUGCUCGGUGCUGGAUGCCAGGCCAGAAGCAAGAACGGAUGCUCGUGUUUCGCGACCUGCUGCACACAUCACAGACCCGAAGCUAGGCCGCCGCAGCUGUGUGGUUGUGCAGCGUUUCCACGACGUGGAUGUUUCCCAGGGCGUGCACGGCCUUGGUGGAGAUGUGCGGGUGGCGUGCACGAAUGUGCGGAUCGAGGUUCUCGACUUGGCACGGGUGUGCACAGCAGAGAACUUGAAAGCCUUUUGUGCAAACUGUUUGCUCUGGCGUGCUAUGCCUGCGGAACUGGCCUUGGCUCUGGGAGACGAGUCCACGCAGCCAGGUUUGCUGCAGGAGCCGCAAGUGCAGAAACUUCCAGAGAUUGUCUUAGACAGCGAUCCUGCCUGCUUGUUGAGUCGACCGCCUCCGGAUCCGCAUGUGGAAGAUGCCCUCGACAUCCUGCACCCCCCUGCCCAUGUCGUGCAGAAUGCGGACGACUCUGCGGUGCUGCAGGUCUACGGUGCUCCGUGUAGCGACCGAGAAAUGCAAGCUAUCAAAGAGUUGCUGCGAGCAAGGGCCAUCGGCAUUGAAUCUGCUGUGUAUGCCACAGACCUUGAACACUUCGAUGCUGUUGCACUGGAAGGCUUGCGUGACCGAGGUCUUGUCAUCUGCGAGACUGAUAUGUUCUCAGAUGUAUCCGUCGCCUUGACGGGCAAGUUGACCUACAGUGCAAGCUUGGUGCUGGCACGGCCAUUGUUGCUUUGGGAGCUUGACCAAACGACUUUGACUCGAGGCCAGAUGCCAGGCCGAUCAAAGUUGGAGUUAAUUCGUUUGUUGUUUGUCUUGGGCUGGGAGCCAGGGCUGGGCCGGGAAGCGUGGCAUCGCAAGCAGGGAGAGAAACGUCUUCCAGAUGACGUUCUAGUUUGCAGCCUCCCCUUCCUCAGAGCUUUGAUGCUGAGUCGGCUUAUAUGGGAAAAGCCCGGCAACUUGUCGGGCAUUUACUUGAAAGGCCCCCAGCAGUAUUAUGAGUUCUUGGUGGAUCAGGACGAUCUCAGCAGCUUGCGGGAUGCUUCUGCAGAGGAAAUCAAUGCUCGGUUCGCGCAGAAGAAAAAAAGACCUGCUGGCCGCAGCUUGACAAGAGAUGCGGCUACAGGUCUGGAGCUUGACCCAGAGGCUGAUGAUGCCGAGUUAGAAGAGCUUGUGCAAGAGCUGCCUGAAAAGCUCAUGCAAGCAGAAGAGCCGCAGCCAAGCAUGGCCAGCGGUGGUAGACGUGUCGCUCCUCUAGAAAUCGACUUGGGAGGCGGCGGGCUGCUGCCUUUUUGCUUGCUUGGCAAAUGCGAGCAGCUCACCACCGCAGAGCUGAAGCUCACAUUGCGGUGGGUGCCGGUGGUCUACAACCAGUGGGGCGAGGCGCAGCUCCCACACCGGCCGCCUGCGCUGUUGCCGCCGCAUCCGCCGGCGGCGGCGGCCCCUUUUGCUGGCACGGGUGCAGCCCACGGUGCAGCCACAGGUGGCGGUGUUGCUGCUAACCCCUCGGGGGCUGCAGCAAUGCCGGCGCCGAAAAAAAAUCCUGGCCAGGUGGACCUAAGCAGCGAGGAUGACGACGAGGAGUCUGAGGAGGAGGAGGCGGCUAAGAAGGACGAGGACAAGGAGCCGGACUCCCAGUCGCGGAAGGAUGAUAUCGUGGUGGUGGACCACGACCAGGAGAAGAAGAAAGAAGAAAAGGGUGGCAAAAAGGAGGAGGCUGCUCAGAAGCGCAAGAAGAAGAAGGAGAGCAGCUCUUCCAGCGGAGGCAACAGUGAGUCCUCCAGCAAGAAAGAAAAGCCCCGUGCAGCCCCCGCUGCCAAGGAGGCCAAGCAGGCACACGAGGCCCAGGCCGACGAGAAAGAGAGCGGCAAGGCCAAGGAGCCCAAGGAAGACAAGGAGGCGGAGGCGGCGGAGGGCGAGCCUGCAGCGCGGCCUGCGAGGAAGAACCGCAGCCGGCACUCAGCGGACGAGGCAGAUGUCGUUCGCUGCGAGCACUGCUGGAUGUGUGUGAAGAAAGAAGGCCUGCAAAGCCACCUGGAGAACAGCGAAUACUGCCGCCAGUGGCGGCUCCACGCCGCCGGCCAAAAUGUGGCCGGCCAAAAGCCUGCGGAAGAGCAGGCGAGCUCGGGUGCGUGCCAGUGCAGACACUGCUCACGGCAGUUCAUGCGCAGGUGGGACAUGCUGCAGCACUGCCUGGGCACGCACCCGAACUCCGACGAGGCUAAGGAAUGCUUGCAGGCCAUGCACAAUAAGCGGAAGAAGCAGCCAUCAAAGGAGGACCGGGCGGCUAGCAUGAGCCAACACAGGCCGCCGGUGCAGCUGCGGAGCAGGGGGCGUGUGGAGGAGCCGCCGCACAGACGUGGCCCGCGGCGUGAAGAGAGCCGAGAUGAUGAUGGCAGCCGUGGGCGGCGGAGAAGCCGUGGUGAGAGCCGCCAGAGCCGUGGCCAGGCAAGCUCUCGAGGCGGCGGCCAGGCAAGCUCUCGGGGGAGCCGCAAAGGCGGCGGCCAGGCAAGCUCUCGAGGGAGCCGCAAGAGCUCCCGCGGCAGCGAGCACAUGGACCGACGCUUCUCGGGCCGCUCCCGCAGCCGCAGGGCGAGCGAGCCUGCGGCAAGCUCCGGCCGCCGUGGGCGCGAUUCGCGGAAGGAGCCGACAGGGCAGCUAGGCCGCAGCAAAUCAUCGCCAAGGGAUCGGGCCAUGGUGGCGGGUCAGAGCCAGAGCCCUCAGAUCCCCCAGAUGAUGCUGGCCUUUUUCGAUGCCACCACAAAGAUGCUGGACAUGCAGCAGCAGUAG